AUGCCAACCAAGGCUUUGGGAGAGACUCUGAAGGAGUACAUGGUCGUCGGUCGCAAACUCCCGACCGAAAAAGAGCCGGUGACACCAAUAUGGAAGAUGCAAAUUUUUGCUUCUAACCAUGUUAUCGCCAAGUCGCGUUUCUGGUAUUUCGUAUCUAUGCUUCGUCGUGUAAAGAAGGCUAACGGAGAGAUUCUGUCGUGCAAACAGAUUUUCCCCGAUAAAAGUGCCGGUUCCGUGAAGAACUAUGGUGUAUGGUUGAAGUAUGAUUCUCGUACUGGACAUCACAACAUGUACAGGGAAUACCGUGACGUUACCGUUGCUGGAGCCGUUACCCAGGCCUACCGUGAUAUGGGAGCUCGUCACCGUGCCCAAGCUGACCGCAUCCACAUCCUGAAGGUGCAAGCCGUCAAGGCGGCCGACACCAAGAGGGCCGGAAUCAAGAUGUUCCACGACUCGAAGAUCAAGUUCCCUCUUCCUCACCGCGUCAGCAAGAGAAGAAAUGUUUCCCAGUUCACCACAAAACGUCCUAUCACUCAUUUCGCGUAA